AUGGGCAUUCAGGGACUCGCUAGACGUCUGGAGCCAUACGCCACGCGCUUUUCCUCUGACCAGCUCGACGGCUAUUCGGCCGUGGUCGAUGGGCCCGCACUCGCCUAUCAUGCUCACAAGCUGGCUCUCGCAGCUACGGCUAGCGCCUCGCGAAUGCCCUCUUAUUCAGACAUCGUCUCUCAGGCUCUUUGCUGGUUAACCGAUCUGGAAGCCAACAACAUCAAGGUGGUUGCCAUCUUCUUCGACGGAGCCCUGCCUGCAUCAAAGCGGACUGAGAGGCUGUCAAGGACCGAACAGAACAACAGGCGUGUACAGCAGCUCCGUGCAAAUUACUCGACAACUGCAUGCCCUGUUCCCACUUACCUAGGUUCGAUAUCCUAUGCCUUCCUUGCUCCAGCGCUGCAAGAAGCGUUAAAAAAGUCACCUUUUUCCUCGAGGACGCACAUUGUACCCGGAGAAGCAGACGAUUGGUGUGCGUUACAUGCUAAAGAGAAUGCCAAAUCCAUCAUCUUCACCAGCGAUACAGACCUCGUCCUUUACGACUAUUGCGCAGACACGUUGAUAGUCUUUCUACAUGAUGCGGACGUAGCUACUGGCAUCAAAGCGUACUGGCCCGAUGAGAUUCAAAAGAAGUUGCAGUUGAAAAGUCUGUUACCGUUUGCCUUUGCUGUUCUGCAAGGCCCUCAGGAUACGGCCAACGAUCUCCUCCGCAAUGCCAAGAGCGUGGAUAAAGAUUCUACACCGUACCUGGACUUUACCAAAAGGUAUAUUACCGAAGUUGUGGCCCCAAUCUACAAAUCCGACUCAAAAAAUACUCUAUCCAGUCUGCCCGGACUGGAUGUUCGAGUGUCAGAAUUCGUGCACCAAGCUUUGGAACAUUCCCAUACCCCAUUUGUUUACAUGCCCCUCCUGAUGGAAGACCCCAGCCAAGCAUCUGCAUGGAAUGUUGGCUGUAAUAUUCGCAAAAUGGCUUACUCAUUGCUAGCGGCUGAGAAAGUGGUUGUUCACGAAUAUAGGCGGAAGGCGCAGGUCGUUGCUGUACAAGAGGUUGUUGCAUAUUCUCUAGUGGACCUGCCAGUACCAAUCACAGAACUUGAGCGACAGAUUCGCACCCUGAUGGACUGGGCUAUUUCUAGAAAACUUCAACCCAUGCAACUCUGGCCACUCUUCGCGCUUAGUCUGGUACUCGCUGAGCUCAAUAGCGCUCCUGCCAUUCCUUUGGUACUUCGGGUGAUCAAUGGCGAUUUUGACAAUACCUGGGCUUUUGUACAACUCAUGGCUCGUCUACAGUCCGCAUUGUACUCACUGCGCAUGUUCAGUCAAGUUGUGAGAGUAUGGCUUGUAGUCAAACCAAAGGCAGAUCAAGCGUUACAUAACUGCCUACUCAGCUUGGACCAACAUAUGCGUACUCUUCCGUCUAUACCCGAAGGAUUUGGCGUGCCAGGACAGUCAAAGCGCGUAUUAGCAAACCACGACGAAUUGCGAGCUUUAGUUGAAGAGAUCUAUGUCUCUGCUGGCGUUGAGGUACCUACGGAGAACGUUUCAAACAAGAAGAAGAAGCGCCAGUUGAGAGAAGCGGACAGAAAAAAGAGGAAGGCUGAACAGAGACAACAAUCCAAACAAGACAUUACCAAUUCAUACGCUGUUCUGAGUAGUGGCCAAAACUAGAGCCAAGAGAAGAUGAAAAAGAUGAUAAGAAUAUACAUUUUAUUCUCGUGUGC